GGCAAGGCUGGGAACUGUAGCUCGGGAACUCUCAGGGGCUGAGGGAGGAUUGAGCAGAGGAGGCUGAGCCAGGGCGAAGUGCCCAGCCAUGGGAGUGGGGCUGGCUCCACUCUGCACCCUUCUCCUGGCUGCGUCCCAGGCCCGAGGUGAUGCUGCGCGCUGGGGACCCCAGGACAGCCCUGACCAAGGGAGUGGCAGCUUCUUGGGACUCCAAGGGGGCCCAGACCCUGGCAGUGGCUGGGCCCCCCCGGAGGUCCAGAAGUGGCAGCGGCAGCAGCAGUGGCUGGGGCCCCGUGAGCAAGCAGGGCAGUGACAGGGGGCUCCCAGACGGGCCUGAUCAUGGCCCCACUGACACCCAGGACUCGGGAGCCAUGCACCCCCUCUUCUUCUCUCUGGAUUAUCAGCAUGUGCAGGUGCCCUUCGAGAUCACACUGUGGAUCAUGCUGGCUUCACUGGCCAAGAUCGGGUUUCACCUUUACAGCAAACUGCCUUCAGUUGUUCCAGAAAGCUGCCUGCUGAUUUUUGUGGGGCUCAUCAUGGGCGGAAUCAUUUACGGCCUAAAUGACAAAUCCCCACCUGUCAUGGAUAGCGAUAUAUUCUUUCUCUACUUACUCCCCCCAAUUGUUCUUGAUGCAGGCUACUUUAUGCCCAGUCGGCCCUUUUUUGAGAACAUUGGCACCAUCCUUCUGUAUGCGGUUGUGGGCACUCUGUGGAAUGUGCUUGGCAUCGGCCUUUCCCUCUAUGGCAUCUGCCAGGUUGAGUACUUCAGCCUGGGAGAUGUCUCCUUGCUCCAUAACCUCUGGUUUGGGACCCUAAUCGCUGCUGUGGAUCCCGUAGCUGUGCUUUCGGUGUUUGCAGAGAUGCACGUGAAUGAGAAGCUUCACAUUUUGGUUUUUGGAGAAUCUUUACUCAAUGAUGCCGUCAUCGUUGUGCUCUAUAAAUUAUUUCAGUCUUUCAAUGAAAUGCCGUCUAUCACAACGCUGGACAUUUUGGCUGGGAUGGGAAAGUUCUUUGUGGUUGGAAUUGGAGGAAUCUUCAUCGGUCUCCUAUUUGGAAUGGUCGCUGCCUUUACCACUCGCUUUACCAAGGCCACCCGUGUCAUUGAGCCCCUCUUUGUCUUCUUGUAUAGCUACCUCUCCUACCUCAGCGCAGAGAUGUUUCACCUCUCUGGGAUUGUGGCCAUCAUUGCCUGUGCUAUGAGCAUGAAGCGCUAUGUAGAGGCCAACAUUUCCCAGAAGUCUCACACCACCAUCAAGUACUUUAUGAAGAUGUGGAGCAGUGUCAGUGAUACGCUUAUCUUCAUCUUCCUGGGGGUUUCAACCAUCGGUGAAAACCAUGAGUGGAAUUGGCCAUACAUUUGUUUCACCAUCAUUUUCUGCCUCGUGUGGCGAGCAUUAGGUGUCCUCGUGCUGACCUUUUUUGUGAAUAAAUGUCAUGUGAACACGGUCACCAGAAAGGACCAGUUCAUUAUCGCCUAUGGAGGAUUGAGGGGGGCUAUCUGCUUCUCCCUUGUUUUUCUCCUCCCGAACUUUCCCCGGAAGAAGCUCUUCAUUGCAGCGACCACCGUGGUGAUCCUCUUCACAGUCUUUGUACAGGGGAUGACCAUCCGUCCUCUUGUCGACUUAUUAGAUGUGACCCGAGGAAGAGAAACGUCUCCAACUGUGAGUGAACAGAUUCAUAUCCGAUUCUUGGAUCACUUGCUGGCUGGCAUUGAAGACAUAUCUGGACAUUGGGGACAGUAUUACUGGAAAGAUAAAUUGGAAUAUUUCAAUAGCCAAUAUCUGCAGAAGAUUUUGCUGCGAGAUUAUGACCAGCCCAAGUCCAGCAUCGUGCUCCUGUAUGAAAAGCUAGAGAGAAAACACGCUAUCGAACUGGUGGAAGCAGGCCAACUGGUCCAUCCUCCACCCAGUACACCUCCGUGCCACAUUCGUGAACCAGCCACAGCAGCCACUGCCCCAGCUCCUCUGGAUCAAGACCUCGUGGACAAUAUACAGCAGAUAUUGGCUACCAACCUGUAUAAAAUCAGGAGAGGGGCUCCUGCAUAUAACAGGCAUACCCUUCCAGGAGAAACAGGGGCAGUCGAAGAGGCCAAAGAAAUUCUCAUCCGCAGACACAAGAGCCUGCGCCAUAGCCUUUCCAAAAGUGAUUGGGAGCAAGCUGUCACGGAGAAAGCCGCGGAAUUCUUAGCCCAUCGUGGUUACCAAAUGAAGUCAAAGCGGUGCCAAUCUCUAACUGUAGGGGAUCCUAGAACGGUUCCUGAUGUGAAAUGCAGCCGGUCCAAGUCCACCUGCCACAUCACUCCUCUGAAAUGGGUUGAUGAGGAAGAAACAGAACAAGACCAAAGAUUAUAAAGAUCAAGCUUUGGAAUUGCCUUUGGUGCCAUGGAACCAUUGCUUAUUUAUUUGCCCCAUUAUGCAGCACAUAGUCUUUUUUUUUGUGGGAAGAAGGUCAGAACCUGUAAUUUUACCAAGUGUGUGGAAGCUCCCUUCACUGGUUCAGGUUGGCAACUUGUCUGUAACUUAGAACAUUAGAGUCGCUAAGUCUCAUUCAAAAAAUAAAAUAAAAACUUGAAGCUACCAAGAAGAUAUUCACACAGAUGUGGUCUGAUACAUCUGUAGGAAAAUGACAUCAUGAACCUCCCUUGCAGCUGCCGACCAUGAUAAGCACCCAAUCUUUGCUACUCAGUAUCACUUGCACCUUUAUUGGAAUACACAGUUCCAUUCGGAACUUCAAAUUUCAAAACUACAUAAUCAGACAGGGAGAGGUCUGAAAAGAGUUAAGGAAAAUGACAAAAGGUUUGACAAAAACUCAAGAG